GGGUUGGGGCUGCGGAGUGAAGUCUGGGUCCGCCUUUGCUGCGCCACGUCUCUCCUCUCGCGUCCUUCCUCCGGCUGCUGUUGCUGCAUCCCGGCCCGCCGCCCGUCCAGGUCCAGCUUAGCCCAACUUAGCCCAGCGCAGCCCAAUUCACCCCAGCGCUAGCCAGCGCAGCACCGUCAGCCUCCGGGCACGUCUGAGAACAAGACACUAAAGGUCCUGUUCAUCUUUUCUUUACAUCUCAGAAACCAUCAUGGCAACCAGAGGCACAGUUACUGCCUUCCCUGGCUUUGAUGACCGGGCUGAUGCUGAAAUCCUUCGGAAAGCAAUGAAGGGACUUGGUACUGAUGAAGAAAGCAUUCUGACUCUCCUCACAGCCCGAAGCAAUGCCCAGCGCCAAGAAAUUGCAGUGGCAUUUAAAACUUUAUUUGGAAGGGAUCUUCUGGAUGACUUGAAAUCAGAACUGACGGGAAAAUUUGAGAAGCUCAUCGUGGCUCUUAUGAAGCCUGCCAAUCUUUAUGAUGCCUAUGAACUGAAACAUGCUCUGAAGGGAGCUGGGACAAAUGAAAAAGUGUUGACCGAAAUUCUGGCAUCCAGAACCCCUGAAGAAUUAAUGAGCAUAAAACAAGCUUAUGAAGAAGAGUAUGGCUCCAGCCUGGAGGAUGAUGUCAUUGGGGAUACUUCUGGAUACUACCAGAGAAUGCUGGUGGUUCUUCUGCAGGCUAAUCGAGAUGCUGAUAAUGGAUUCAAUGAAGAUCUAGUGGAACAGGAUGCCAAGGACCUGUUCCAAGCUGGGGAACUGAAAUGGGGGACAGAUGAAGAAAAGUUCAUCACCAUUCUGGGAACACGUAGUGUUCCUCACUUAAGAAAGGUGUUUGAUAAAUAUAUGACGAUAUCAGGAUUUCAAAUUGAAGAAACCAUUGACCGGGAAACAUCGGGUCACCUGGAACAGCUGCUCCUUGCUAUUGUAAAGUCUAUCCGAAGCGUCCCUGCCUACCUUGCUGAGACACUCUACUAUGCCAUGAAGGGUGCUGGCACUGAUGACCACACUCUCAUAAGAGUCAUAGUAUCCAGGAGUGAAAAAGACCUAUAUAACAUCAGAAAAGAAUUUAGAAAGAACUUUUCAACUUCCCUUUAUUCCAUGAUUAAGGAUGACACUUCUGGGGACUAUAAGAGAGCCCUCUUACUCCUCUGUGGUGGAGAAGAUGACUGAUCCGGCCUCUCAGCAGAAAGCUUUCUCUGUGCCUGCCUCCCGGUGCCUUCCAGUUAGCCUCCCAUUUAGCCUCAUUUUAGUAUGUUAUUGCUUUCUGUAUUGCCUUAUUCAUACUAGCAUGCUAAUGAAUAACUCCUAAGUGAAAGAAUAUUGCAGAAGUGAUUACUGGGCUUCCUUCUGAUUACCACAUGGAGGUUUCCCACUUCAUGAGCUAUGAGUUCACAGAGCACUAUUCAGGGGAAAAAACCACCUCUAACUCCUCUUUAGGGAAUAAGUUUAGAGCCUGGCUCCGGGAUACUAUUAUCAUAUUAUAGUAUGAUUAAAAAGGAAAUUUGUGUUAAAAUAAA